ACCCAUAUCAUGUCAACCGCCAUUUUUGUAGCUCUGCAAUGCUGCCAAUGCUCCACAAUGCAGGUGAAACAAAGGAAGAAGAGUAGCAACAAGUGGACGUGCGUGGUUUGCAAUCAAAAGCAAUCGGUUCUCAGGGUGUUUGCCCAGGGUCCCAUCGCUAAAGACGUCCGCAAGUUCGUCCAGUCUUUCAAUAUGUCACGCAAGUUCUCCGAUCAAAACCAACCCUUCGAUUCGGAGUACGAUAUCAAUUUCGAAGACGAAAACGACGGAGGUGGCGGAGGGCUUCCGGAGAAUCCGAAGAAGAGACGCACUGAUUGGACUGAGUAUCUUGACUCAGAGGAUCGUGUUGAACCCGAAACGGUUUUACAAGAAGAGGAACAAGGGGUUGAUUUGGAACCGGAGAUAGUGACAGAGUUGCCGGCAAAGGAGAAAUUCAAGAGACCCGAAUUGAGGAACUAUGAUAAUGGUGAAGGCAGCAAUCAUCAUCAACUUUAUAAGCCUGUUUUAUCCAAGAGGAGUGGCAGAAAGGAUACCGUGCUCCUUGCCCAAGAUGGGAGGCAAUUGAGGCAGCAGCAAGCGUUGGGAGACAUUGCCACAAGUGCUUCAAAACGAAGCAGCUUUACACUAAGAGAUGCAGCGAACAUUGUGGAUUCAAUGAGGAAAAUCAAGCCAACAACAGCAACAACUGCAGCAGCUAAAGGGAAUUCAAAGUGGAGCCUUUACAUGACAGAAGAUGAGGAGGAACAAAGUUGUCCGACAAACCCUGCACAUUAUGUGAACAAAUGGGGAGAUGGUGAUGACAACACUGAAUCCAUCAAGUGUCAAAUUGUUGAAGAUGAGAUCCACCCUGACUUCAUCUGAAUAUUUUGUCUGCCUUCAUCUUCUCUGUUUUUCUUUGAC